CAAGUACUCAGAACUUUCAAGACUUCCAUUGUUAAAUGCCUUAGGCUAUGCAUUGUGAAGGCAUACAAGGCUUGAAAUUCUAGUUCUGAAAGGGGACGGGGCACCCUUCAUGCAGUCCUGACAACCUUGUGGGCAGAAAGAGCAAAUGCAUCCACAUCAGAAAUUUGUGAGGUAGCCAUGUGGCCAACUGGUAUUACCUUUAUCAAGCACUAUAAGCUCCCAGCACAAGUUAUGAUUCUGACUCUGCCAAGCAGAUGUGGUUUGUAGCUCAUAGAAUACAUACCAGGAGGACUUGGCAGCUGUCAGACACGGACAUGGCUCAGUUUCAGUAUGAACACAGUAAAUGGAAGGACAAAGGGGUGUGAGGAUCAAAAAGAAAGAGCUUGGUGCGUUGGAAAUCCCAUCAAUUCCAAACCCUUUUCCUGAGCUAUGUUGCUCUCCGCUUUCAUCGGUUUUGUCAGCCAGCCUGUUGCCCAAGGCAACUUCAAGAAAAAAGCAGGUAAUUAAAGUAUACAGUGAGGAUGACACUAGCAGAGCUUUGGAAGUGCCAAGUGAUGUAACAGCCAGAGAUGUAUGCCAGCUAUUAAUACUGAAGAAUCAUUACAUAGAUGACCACAGCUGGACACUGUUUGAACACCUUCCUCGCAUAGGUCUAGAAAGAAUUAUAGAAGACCACGAAUUGGUAAUUGAAGUUCAGUCAAACUGGGGAAUCGAAGAAGAAAAUAGACUGUAUUUUAGAAAAAACUAUGCCAAAUAUGAGUUUUUUAAACACCCAGUGAAUUAUUUUCCAGAGCAUAUGGUGUCGUUGUCAAGCGAGACCAGUGGAGUGAUAGGCCACACGCAGAUAUUACAGAUGUUCCUAAGUUCCAGCACAUAUCCUGAAAUUCAUGGUUAUUUGCAUGCAAAGGAGCAAGGGAAGAAAUCAUCAUGGAAAAAAUUAUACUUUCUUUUGAGAAGAUCUGGCCUAUAUUUUUCCACUAAAGGGGCAUCAAAGGAACCAAGGCAUCUGCAGUUUUUCUGUGAAUUCAGCAGUAGUGAUAUGUAUAUGUCUUUGGCAGGCAAAAAGAUGUCUGGAACACCAGCAAACUAUGGAUUCUGCUUUAAGCCUAACAAAGCAGGAGGAGCCAAAGACCUGAAGCAGCUUUGUGCAGAUGAUGAGCAGAGUAGGACUUGCUGGAUGACAGCAAUUAGAUUACUUAAGUAUGGAAUGCAGCUGUAUCAGAAUUACAUGCAACCAUAUCAAGGUAGAGGUGGCUGCAGUUCUCUUUCUAUAUCACCUAUGAGAAGCAUUUCAGAAAAUUCCUUGGUAGCAAUGGACUUCUCAGGACAUAGAAGCAGAGUUAUUGAAAAUCCAACAGAAGCCCUUUCAGUUGCAGUUGAAGAAGGGUUAGCAUGGCGGAGAAAAGGGUGUUUACGACUCAACACACAUGGAAGUCCUACCACUUCUCAAAGUGCCACAUCCAGUGUAGCUAUACAUAGAACACAACUGUGGUUUCACCAUAAAAUCUCUAGGGAUGAAGCUCAACGACUUAUUUUACAGCAAGGACUUGUAGAUGGGGUUUUCUUGGUACGGGAUAGCCAAAGUAAUCCCAAAAUGUUUGUAUUGUCAAUGAGCCAUGGACUAAAAAUAAAGCACUUUCAAAUUGUACCACUGGAAGAUGAUGGAAAGCUAUUCUGUACACUGGAUGAUGGUCACACCAGAUUUACUGAUCUCAUCCAGCUUGUGGAGUUCUACCAGCUCAAUAAAGGAGUAUUACCUUGCAAGUUAAAACACUAUUGUGCCCGAAUUGCUCUUUAACCAAAACCAAGUUGGUUCACCAAAUAGAAAAAAGGAGAUCCUAGAACACUUUUCCAAGGCAAUUUCCUAGGGGGAAAAGUCAAUAUUUUGAAAUGGUUGUGAUUUUCAGAUGCAAAGAAAAGUUUAUAUGCUCUGUACAGAAAGUACUUUGCAUUGUAAUUGUCACUGCAAAAUAACUUUACAGUCAAAUGAACUUCAGAAAAAAAUAUUUCAUGUGAAAUUAUGUAAUGUUGCAGCACUGGAAUCUUUUUCAAAUGCAAACAGAUAUUUUUAAUAUUAUGCAACUUUAUUUACCAAAAUAAAAUUGGAGGGUGCCUCCUUGUUAGUAAUAGAUGACUAAUAAAUGAGUUAAUUGUAUUCAGAAGUACUCUACACUGUUGAAUAGAAAUUGUGUGUGUGGAGUAUAACAUCAACUUUGGGUGGAAAAACUCUAGAAGCUGGAUCGUACUUAAUUUGUAAAUCAAAAUUAUUUUGCACUAUAUUUUUAAAUGCUAUUUUGUGGCUUAUUGCAUUCAAAAGUGAAAAUAUUCUGAAUUAACCCAUUAAAAUUACUUCUAAUAUCUUGACUAA